AUGCGAAGUCUCAUGGCAACUGUGCUGCCUACCACGCACGUCAAGACAGCUCUGCAAGUAGCUCACGGUCGGCAAUUGUCGGGUGCUGUGGUUGGCCUUCUCAAGAUAUGCUUCGCAGGCAUGUGCGCAUGGACAUUGGACAGUCCGGCCUGGGCUUGUCGUUGCGAGGACCUGAUCGGGCAGGACGAGAGUUGUGUUACGCCAACAGCGCGUAGCCUAGCAAAGUCAGCAGCGCGAUGGUGGUGCGACGCCGGUAUUGCUGCUGCUGCUGCUGCUGCCGAUGCUGAUGCCUCUGUCUGGCCGUGGGCGUUUGUCGCCAGCGCAGGUGUAGGUGUUGGUGUUGCCGGAGACAUACACAGAAUAAUCCGAAAUCCGGCGAUCUCCACACAGAGAGACAUGGAUGCGCCACGAGACUCGACAUUAGCCUGGCACGUGGUUUUGACAGUAGUAGUACCCGAAGCCAAAGGGCUGGAAAGGACAGCGUAG